CUGCGCGCUGCGCUCCCCCUCCCGGCUGGACUGGAGCGGUGGUGGCUGCGAUGCUGCCGAGCGGAGUGAAGAUGGCGGCGGCCGAGGGCGGCUCGGGCUCCCGGUGCCCGCUGCUCUGAGGGGGGUUGGGCAGCGCGGCUGCGGAGCAGGGGGACGGGCCCCGGCUCCCGCCUUUACCCGGGCCCUGCAGGGAGCGAGGCGGCGGCGGGGAGCUGUGGAGUGGAAUGCCAUGGCCAGUUCCUCGGACAGUGAAGAUGACAGUUUCAUGGCUGUGGACCCAGAAGAAGCAGUGGUGGAAGGACCAAUGGAGCAAGACGAGGAGCCACGUGCUGAUCUGGAGGUUGAGGAGACCAGGCAUAACCGAUCGAUGUUGGAGCUGCCAGAAGAGGUUUUAGAAUACAUCCUGUCCUUCCUCUCACCAUACCAGGAGCACAAAACCGCUGCCCUUGUCUGCAAACAGUGGUAUCGCCUCAUCAAAGGUGUGGCACAUCAGUGUUAUCACGGCUUUAUCAAGGCGGUCCAAGAAGGAAAUAUUCAAUGGGAGAGUCGCACGUAUCCCUAUCCUGGAACCCCAAUCACACAGCGCUUCUCACACAGUGCAUGUUACUAUGAUGCUAAUCAGUCAAUGUAUGUGUUUGGUGGCUGCACCCAGAGCAGUUGCAAUGCUGCAUUCAAUGACCUCUGGAGACUUGACCUCAAUAGCAAAGAGUGGAUCCGGCCUCUGGCAUCAGGUUCUUAUCCGUCACCUAAGGCUGGGGCUACUUUAGUGGUGUAUAAGGACUUGCUUGUGCUGUUUGGUGGGUGGACGCGGCCAAGCCCCUACCCUCUGCACCAGCCGGAGAGGUUCUUUGAUGAAAUACAUACCUACUCGCCUUCCAAAAAUUGGUGGAACUGCAUAGUGACAACGCACGGCCCCCCUCCCAUGGCAGGCCAUUCCUCCUGUGUAAUAGACGACAAAAUGAUUGUCUUCGGAGGUUCCCUAGGAUCUCGGCAAAUGAGUAAUGACGUCUGGGUUCUGGAUCUCGAGCAGUGGGCUUGGUCCAAGCCAAACAUCUCUGGGCCUACCCCUCACCCACGUGGCGGCCAAUCUCAGAUCAUAAUAGAUGAUGAAACCAUUUUAAUCCUUGGUGGUUGUGGCGGCCCAAAUGCACUGUUUAAGGAUGCCUGGCUACUGCACAUGCGCACCAACCCCUGGACCUGGCAGCCAUUGAGAGUGGAAAACGAAGACCAUGGAGCCCCUGAACUAUGGUGUCAUCCCGCGUGCAGGGUGGGACAGUGUGUGGUGGUCUUCAGCCAGGCUCCCAGCGGGAGAGCUCCACUUAGCCCCAGCUUGAACUCUCGCCCGUCUCCUAUCAGUGCCACGCCGCCAGCCCUGGUUCCUGAAACACGGGAAUACCGCUCUCAGUCUCCAGUCAGGAACGCCGACGAAGCUCCUUGUGUGAAUGGCCGCUGGGGCACCCUGAGACCCCGAGCACAAAGACAGACCCCAUCAGGCUCCCGGGAAGGGAGCCUGUCCCCAUCCAGAGGAGAUGGGUCACCUGUACUGAACGGUGGGAGUUUAUCCCCUGGAGCCGCAGCAGUGGGGGGUGCCUCAUUGGACAGUCCUGUACAGGCCGUAUCACCCAGCGCGCCUUCUGCUGCUGAAGGAUCUGACCUGAAAGUUGGACUUUCCCCGGCGCCGAGACGAGGAUCGCUACCGGAUCAGAAAGAUCUACGCUUAGGGUCUGUCGAUUUGAAUUGGGAUCAGAAACCAGGUUCUGUUAGCUGUCAAAUGGAUGCUGUGGACAAUAGGACAGUUGGUGGAAGCAUGAGAAAUCCCCCAGAGCAGACAAAUGGAAUCCAUACCCCACCUCAUGUCACUAGUUCCCUUCCAGGGGCGGUGUCGCCAGGUGCACUCCGAAGAAGCCUGGAGGCUGUCAAGGCCCUGUCUUCCAAAGGUGCAUCUGGUUCAGCAGCAUUAAGUCCUCCUUUGGUGUCUUCACCAGGAUCCCCGGGUAGCAGUGCCGAGGUGGCACCAGCACCACGCCCAGGCUCUGCCCAAGGGGACGGCCACUCCUUACCUCCGAUCGCUCGUCGCUUGGGCCACCAUCCACCGCAGUCUCUGAAUGUCGGCAAGCCUUUGUAUCAAAGCAUGAACUGCAAACCCAUGCAGAUGUAUGUGCUGGACAUUAAAGACACCAAGGAGAAAGGGCAAGUCAAAUGGAAAGUGUUUAACAGCAGUUCCGUGGUGGGGCCACCAGAGACCAGCCUACACACCGUAGUGCAAGGCAGGGGGGAACUGAUCAUAUUCGGUGGCCUAAUGGACAAGAAACAGAACGUGAAGUACUAUCCCAAAACAAAUGCCUUGUACUUUGUGCGAGCAAAAAGAUAAUGUGGCAAAAGCUGUUUGACCCCUUCCCUUCCUGCCCCACCCCCUUUCCAUGGCUUUCUUUUUUUAACCCUUCCUCUGUCACGCAGGCAUUUAAACUGUGAACUAGGGAACGACAAACCAAUAAAAUCCAAACACCAUUUCA